UAUGCGCUUUCAGGAACCACCUGGGUCAGUGAGAUUGUAGACAUGAUCUACAAAGAAGGCAGUCUGGAAAAAUGCAGCGUUGAACCCAUCUACAUGAGAGUUCCUUUCUUGGAAUUUGCUGUACCUGAUGUCCCUACAGGCAUUGAACUGCUCAAGAAAGCACCCCGUCCAUGUCUAAUUAAAACCCACCUCCCUGUCCAAAUGCUCCCCAAAUCCUUUUGGGAAAAGAACUGCAAGAUUAUCUAUGUGGCCAGAAAUGCCAAAGAUGUGGCUGUCUCAUUUUAUUAUUUCUACAAAAUGGCAAAAGUGCACCCAGAGCCUGGAACAUGGGAGGAAUUUCUGGAGAAGUUUAUGGAUGGAAAUGGUAAGUGGAUAGUAAACCCUUCCAAGGCAUUGAGCCUCCUCAGUAUGAUAAUGUCAAGAUGGGUGCACUUGAUCCUGUUACCUGCAGCCAGCAGAGCAAAUCAUGGGGGUGGAUGGGUUAAGACUUCUCAGGGCACCAUUUAGGGGAAGAUGCUUGAAGUCUUGUAGAAACUCUUGGAACUAGUGACAUGUUUCCCAGCUUGAAGUUCUGUGAAUGGGAGGGUCAGAUCUGGGCCUUCUUCCUCUUGUUACCCAUUCCUUUUGAUGGACAGAUAGAUUCAUGUAACAUAUGGCUCUUUGUAUAAGGUUUGACUACCACGUUCUGCUAGAGUCUCUAGCCCUGAUACAUACUCCUGAUGACUGAACCAAAGUAAGUA